UAAUUCUGAGAACUGGUUCUAUCUCUCUUCAUCUCCAGUUGUUCCUUUCAUCAGCACAGCUCUCGUAUGCCUAGUUGAGAUAUCGCUAUGUGUGCCCUCCUCCACUGACUGUCAUCAUUGUGACAUGCUGCUUCGAAACCCUCUGUCAGCUAUCGAAUUGCUCAUUCUGGCUCUUAGCUGUGGAUGAGGCAGGGACAUGCUGGCCAGGAUGGAGAGAUGAGUGUGAUUUUGAUCACUAUACUGGCGGCAGUGGAAGUAAGCCCAGGGCACCUGGAUGUAUUCCUGCCAAAGGGAGAUGGAGAUAUUUACCCGUGGAGAACACUCCGGUGAAACUUGACAGCGACAGGGUUGGAUGGCUUCUCAUCACAAGACCUCUUUUUAUUCAACAAUGUCCCUAAAGUGAGCACUUUGGCUGCAAAGGAGAACUGGUUAAGGUGUGUAACAUCUAGUGGUGCCUGAAGGGAAACCUUCAGGAGCUGCUUCAUUGGCUGUUGUCAACCAGCACCAUGGCUGACUCUCACUUGUCUGGCUCCGUAGGAAGCUACAACAGCAGCUCUCCCACCACCAGUGCUUGGAACAUCACUGGCAGCGGCCCGUGGUUGUUGGCCUUCAUGCUGACUGUCAUCAUCCUCAUGACAGUCUGUGGCAACAUGUUGCUUAUCGCUGUGGUGUUUGCCCAUCGCUCUUUGCGUUGCACCUCAAACUGCUUCCUGGUGUCUCUGUUUCUGUCUGACCUCAUGGUGGCCCUGGUGGUCAUGCCCCCAGCCAUGCUCAAUGUUCUGUGUGGGGCCUGGGUGCUGUGGCCUGCCUUUUGCCCGAUUUGGCUCUGCUUUGACGUCAUGUGCUGCAGUGCGUCCAUUCUCAACCUGUGUGUGAUCAGCCUGGACCGCUACCUUUUCAUCAUCUCACCGCUGCGCUACAAGCAGAGGAUGACUCCACCUCGGGCAUUGCUCCUGGUAGGAGCUGCUUGGGGGUUGGCAGCUUUGGCUUCCUUCCUUCCCAUUAAGAUGAAAUGGCACAGCUUAGGCCAUUGGAGUGGACACUCAUCUGUUCCUGGGAUCAGCAGUAGCAACAUCAGCUCUUACUCUGACACACUGUACCCAGCAUCCUACUUUCAGCUGUCACCAUCGGGAGGCCUUUCCUUCCAGUGCCGCCUGCAGGUCACCCUGCCCUUUGCCCUGGUGGCAUCUGUACUCACAUUCUUUUUGCCCUCCAGCGCCAUUUGCUUCACUUACUGUCGGAUCCUUCUGGUAGCGCGGAGGCAGGCGAAGAGGGUCGCAGCACUGAGCCACCCACCACACCCCCAUCCCUCUCUAGGGGAACCCUCCAGGCCUCCGUCACCUAGGGUUGCAGCAGGGCAAGCUCAGCAGGACAGAGAUGACUGCAGUCACCAGGAACCUCCUGUAUCACAAAAUGUACCGCCGUCAGUGAACAGUGAGCGUUGUCUGGCUCACAGGCAGGGUCGAAGGGCACUGAAGGCCAGUCUGACACUGGGAGUCCUCUUGGGACUCUUCUUCAGCGCCUGGCUGCCCUUUUUCAUCACCAAUAUGGCUCAGGCAGUGUGUGAGUGCAUCCCCAUGGCGCUCUUCGACGCCAUCACCUGGCUGGGCUACUGCAACAGCACAAUGAACCCCAUCAUCUACCCACUGUUCAUGAGAGACUUCAAGCGGGCUCUGGGGAAGCUAUUGCCCUGCUGUUCCUCGCAGUCUCCAAGAAGACCCUCGCCAGUGCUUUCCCUCUCUCUCCGCAACUCAGGAGACCCUAACAUCGCCAGCAGCCCCCCCUCUCCACUGCCCUCUGACCCCACACAGCCCCCCGCCACUGCCACUGAUGCGGUCAACCUGCUGGAUGCAGAGCACGCUGGCAUCGAUUUGCCUCUGCUUCUGCCCAAUCAGGUCGACACCCUGGAUUGAAUAGCAAUUAUGGAAAAUGCUAGUAUGGUAUGUCAGGGUUUAUGGUAGGAAAGGGAUUCAAGAUAAGCAUUGAAACUUAUAACAAUUUCUGAUUUACUCACUCGCCUAAGGGGGAAAAAAAAA